GUUUUGAAAACAAGUCACAAAAUUGUCAGUUGUUCGCCGGACUUCGCCGGUCGCGUCCCUCAGCGCUGGUCGUAAGCACGCGAUAACUUUGAGAGAGAUUUAAAAGACUGUAUGAAAAAUGGACUUGUGAUUGUGUUAAUUGAUUUGUGCAUUGGAACUUGCCAAAAUGUGGAGCGAAAAUAGUAAACAUUGCGAGAGCAACUGCCAGUGUUCUGGAUUGAUCACAGAAAACUUCAGGAUCAACUCGGGGAAUAGUGCAACGAAACGGAAACAGGAUGAGGCUCUCACAACGAACUUCAAGAUUAAGAUGAGUCCGCAUUCGUUGAAGUUCAACUCGCCCACACACUCACCGAUAGCGUCAGCAUCCAAACGGAGAGUCCUCGGUGAACUGCAAAACUCACCGUUGUUCAGGCCAAAGGUAUCACCGGUUAUAGAACGGUUAAUGACCACACCGGUGAUGGAAAGGGUAUCACCGAUGAAGGAUAGGACAUCACCGGUAAUGGACAGGAAUGCUUGUUCGCCACUGACAAGUAGAGUAGUCAAACGGAGUUCGACGAAGAUAUCCAGGAUAUUUGAAGAACGUACAAGGUUCAAGAUGGACAAAGAGAACAUAGGGCUGAUGAGUGAGACCUUCGUGAAACUGGACGUCGAAGAGGAGACAAGGGACUGUACGUUUACUGAAAGUUUCCAAUCGACCAAAACUAGCUGGUCGUCCACUAAGCUGGACUUCACUGACGCAAUUCCAUCAAAAUCCUACGAGAUGGAGAAAGAAAUUAAGGAAGACAUUUUUGUGCCAGAAAAGGACGCAGACCUCGACUCGGACUUCCAGACGCUUCACGAUCUAGAAGAAGAAUUUGACUCUGACAACUUUGACCAGUGCACCAAGUAUGAAAUAAUCUCGACGGACAGUCCAAACAUAAUAUCAAGGGGUCGCACCACUACAUCGAGGAAAAUCAACUCCAGAAACUUCACAUUCGGAGCUCCUCUGGUCGACAGCGAACAGUCCACCUCGUUCAAUCGUCCGAACGCUACUGCCACCAGGAUGUUGAACUUCGAGGAUGAAUCCUUUGAAUUCACAUCACCGGCCGUCAAGCACUCCGCAACCGGCAGCCUCUCUGUCAAGAAAUCCCUCAAGUUCACAGAGACACCGACGAAGAAUCCUCUACGGCACGAGCCGAGCGACUCCAGCAUCGGUUCCAUGAGCUCCGUCUCAUCUCCAGCCUCGAGUCGACUCAGGAUCUUCACGUCCGAGUCUACCACUUCUAUGGAGAGUGGUUUUAUAUCAGAACUAGAGGAGCCGUUCCUCGACAUCGAGGAAGCAUCGAAUUCACCAAAAAUGGCCAACUUUAGCGAUUUACUCUCCGGACAGAUCAAAGAUAGUAUAUUAACAGAAAAAGAUUUCCAAAGGCGACCGUUACAAAGGAGUUUAAGCCUCAAUCCGGAGAGUAAGGCUCGAGUUUCUUUAUACUCCAUAUUGGAGAACCCGGAGAAGAGAUCGCAGAAGCGCUUGGAGAACACCGACGUGGAGAACGUGGUGAAUAAACGGCGCAGGACCAACGCCAAUAUCGAGAGGGUGCAGCGGCCGGUUCUACAGAGGGCAUUCUCGGAGAAUAACGCUUCAAUUAUGUCAGCUUUGGCGAGAUCGGUGGUGGAGCCGGACCUGAUCGGCGACUUCUCGGUGCCGUUCGCGCUGCCGCUGACCAGCGGUGAUCACUCGGACCUCAAGUCGAUCUCGUGCGACACCCUCGCGGCGCUGCUCAGGGGGGAUUUCGACGACUGCAUCAGCGAAUACCAGGUGAUCGACUGCCGCUACCCGUACGAGUUCGAGGGCGGCCACAUCCUGGGCGCGGUGAACCUGUACACGCCGGCGCAGAUCCUGACGCUGGUCAACAAGCCGCUGCAGCCGCGGGACACCAACUCGAAGAGGAGCAUACUGGUGUUCCACUGCGAAUUCUCGCUGGAGCGAGGACCCAAGCUAUCCCGUUUCCUGCGCUCGUCGGACCGCGCCAAGAACAUGGAGCACUACCCGUCGCUGCACUACCCGGAGGUGUACCUGCUGCACGAGGGCUACCGCUCGUUCUACCGCCGCCACCCGCGGCUGUGCACGCCCGAGGGCUACACCGCCAUGCUGGACCCCAGGCACAAGCAGCUGCUCAGGCAGCACCGCUCCACGCCCGCCAACACCAGGUUACAUCGGCUCCUGUGACGCGGUUUUCCGACGCGCGCUGAAAAAACGCGCGGUUUUCCGACGCGCGCUGAAAAAACGCGCGGUUUUCCGACGCGCGCUGAAAAAACGCGCGGUUUUCCGACGCGCGUUUUUUUAACGCAACCUCAGAGGUGAAAUGUUUAUGGGUUCAAAACUGAAUCUGCGUUGCACAGGUGCUAUUCGGCGUCCUUAGAUUUUUAAUAACGAUGGGCGUUAGUGAAUUAUGUAUUGUAUAGAACGACCUCAGUAUUAUGUGUCUCGCGUGAGGUUCCAAGUUCGAUUCUCAGGCGAAGUCCUCUAAUUUGGCUAGUGAUUAAAGUGUGAGCUGGUCGUCACUGAGUUGGCCGUUCUCCGGCUGUAUAUUGGUUGUCGAAACGCAAUAAACUAUUUUAACGCCUCUAUUCCCUUCUGGGGUGGACUGUACGCGAAAUUUUAUUAUCCAACUGCAGUUUAUAGUUCAGAGAGGUAUUGUACUAUAUAUAUAUAUAUAUAUAUAUAUAUAUAUAUAUAUAUGAUCCUAUAAAUAUGAACGCAAUGUACCUCUCAAAGAAAAAUACAUAAAAAUUUUUUUGAUUAAUUAUAAUAUUUAAAUUAUGGACUGUACCCAAAUUAUGUAAACAAAAAUAAACUGAAAUUCAAUUUCCUGCCUCCCUACACAAGUAGUCGACUAACCUGUCGACAGACACGUCAUCGCCACGUCGCGCGCGAUAUAGAACGAGACAACAACGUGCGGUGUCCCUUUCUCGCGCGUGCACUGACGAAAACGUAUCUAUCGACAGGAUCAGUCUGUCAUUUGUAUAGAGUGCAAGCAUUUAUUCAAUUACACAAAUCAUGUUUAACAUAAUUUGAUUAUAUAAAUAUAUGGCUGUCUCGUUCACUCGUCACGUGUAUGAGAGAGAUAGUGUACUGAAGAAAAUGGCGCCGAAUCUAACUAUGAAGAUUCGGUCGUCGUUUUUUUUUUUAUUAUCGAACAAUCUUAGUUGAAUUUCUCAUUGUAAUGGUUCGUUCGAGAGAGAUCUGUCAAAAUUUGUGAUUCGCCAUUAAAAUAUUAGUUGAAUGUACAUUGAAAGAUGCUGAUUGAACGAUUGAAAGAACGAUUGAACGAAUGAUUGAAUGGUACGUUACAGAACUCGCCCCCCUUAAGUUGGAUUCACACUAUGGAGCCAGUCUCGGUUCGUAAAGUAGAAACCAUUUGGAGUUGGAUCACAGUUGGAACAGAACAGAGCUGCAACUGUCAUCGUCAGGGGGGAAAGGGAUUGUUAGUAAUGGAGACUGAGAAUCCCAUUGCUAGCAAUAUACCCAACCAGGUCGACCUCCUCGCAGUUCCCCUUGGAAACUAUCAUGGUUAAUUCCUGAUGAAUUCAUCACGAUGGGCUAACUGGCCUGUUUUCAUUCUCAUCUAUCACCCUUCACUGGUGCUCCGCCAGCGUAUCCCGUUAGCGCAGGCGGGGUUACCAUACCAUCUUCACCCAGCAAAAAAAACUUACAUCAUCAGCAUUAUCACUGCCUUCACCGUCCCACCACGAUAUAUCGUUGACGUGUUCUGCCCAUAUAAUAGAGGAUGAUGCCGAAAGGAACAGCCAUUAUAUCUAAUACCUCAGGAAUGGCAACGCAUGGGGGGUAUCAUGGGCGAAACAGUAUACUCUGUUAUGUCCAUGGUACUGCUCGUGUCUAUAGGCGACGUUUACCACUUACCAUCAGGUGGGCCGUCAGCUUGUUUGCCAUUCUAAGUUGUAUAAAAAAUAAUGUUUAACGCUAAUGUAGGAACAAAUUGACCUAAGUUUUUACAUAUACUUACUUGCUAUUUUCCGCGACAGUCCUCCGAGGAACUCUGCAUUAUUUCCAAAAUAUCUGUCAUUCCUAUUUUUUUAUACAACUUAGAAUGGCAAACAAGCUGACGGCCCACCUGAUGGAAAGUGGUAACCGUCGCCUAUAGACAUGAGCAGUACCGUGGACAUAACAGAGUAUGUCCAUUUUGAACAUGAUAUCUCCCCCAUGCGUUGCCAUUCCUGAGGACUGUUGGAUGAUAAUGGAAUGGUAACCCCGCCUGCGCUAUCGGUAUACGCUAGCGAGGCACCAGUGAGGGAUGAUAGGUGACGAUGAAAGCAGGUCAGUUAGCCCAUCGUGACGAAUUCCACUAGAAUUAAUCAUGAUAGGUUCCAGGGGGAACUGCGUGAAGGUCGACCUGAUAGGGUGUAUUGAUGACAAUGGGUCAGUUAGACCCCUUUACUAAUAAUCCCUUUCCCCCUGCCAGCCUGUCAGUAUGUAGAACGGUUUGACGGAGGGCCGUGAAAUUAUUUUACAACACCGAGACCGGCAUCGUAGUGUGACUCUGGCUUCAUUCGUAAAUUUAUACUUGUACUAACUUAUUUUAAAAAUUUUUGACCAUCUUUUUAAAUUGGAAAUAUACCAAAAAAAAAAAGAAAGAAACCAAUCUGUCAUAGAUAAAGUAAGUUAAUGACACGCACAGACAAAUUUUCUUUGAAUAAAGGAUAUAGAAAAGGUUUUACGUCUGAUUAAGGCGUCGAUUUAUUAGACUUUAUAUAUUAAAUUUAAAAAAAAUGUAAGAACUACCAUUUUAAGUUACGUGUAAGUAGAUGCGAGUAAGCUCGACUAGUUUCGAGUACAAUUCGCGAGUCUUAAUCAUGAGCGGCUGUGUCGCGAGUUCGAGCGUGACUGCGCACAAGUCGCUCAUGAUUAAGGGUCACGAAUUGAUCCCGAAACUAAUCAAACAUUCCUCGAUCUAAUUAAACGUAGCUUAAACUAGUAGUUUUUUUUUAUUAAAAUUUGAAGAGUGCUUACGAAAUUUUUAAUGAAAUAAAUUUAGCCUUAUUGGGUCCGAUUCUGAUGCGUCAUUUCUCUCCUAUAACAUCUCUUAAUAUUAAUUUAAUAUUAAUAUACAAGAAAAUUACUUCAUAUUGGUUUUUAAAAUAAAGAUUUCGCUGUUUUUUAAAGAUAGGUUUAGAGAAAUGAUGUAUCAGAAUCGAUUCAGUUGUCGUUUGAUGGUUUAAAAAAAAUUAUAAUUAGUCAUUUAGUAGUAUUCCUUGUGUGGUACAAUUGAGGACUCCCUCUGCUCGGAUAGCACAGAGAUGCAGCUUCGAAUACCGUCGGGUGAAGCUGAUGGGAGCUGAUAUAUAUAUUUUUUAAAAUUAUAUUUAGGAUUUUUGAUAAAUUUUUCAAUUAAAGACAACUCAACAACGAAAUAAUUGAUCGUCAACAUUAAAUAGGCUAUAAUAAUUUACAAAUUACAAUAGAAUCUCGAUUAUCCGGAUCGUAUAAAAUGAGUUAUUCCGGAUAAUGGAAAAUCCGGAUCGAGUAAAACGAGUUAUUCCGGAUAAUGGAAAAUCCGGAUCGAAUAAAACGAGUUAUUCCGGAUAAUGGAAAAUCCGGAUCGAAUAAAACGAGUUAUUCCGGAUAAUGGAAAAUCCGGAUCGAGUAAAACUAGUUAUUCCGGAUAAUGGAAAAUCCGGAUCGAAUAAAACGAGUUAUUCCGGAUAAUGGAAAAUCCGGAUAAUCGAAUUCGAAGUCAAAUCAAAUAGUGCGUGAUUAAACGUUAAUAUUUAUUAUGUAAAUGGUUUUACAUACGUUAUUUAGACUAAGAUAUAUAGAAAUUACGACAAAGAUAAUGGAUUACAUAAUAUCUAUUUAACCAAUUGAUACGUAAUACCAAUUUUAAAUUUAUAAUUCGAGUCGUGAAUACUAAGUCCGGAUAUCCAUUAUCCGGAUAUUCCAUCCAUUAUGUUCGGAUAAUGGAGAUUCUACUGUAUAUAAAAUUUUAAUAAAUUUUAUUUUUUUUUUAUAAAUAUUAAAAUAAAUAAUAAAAUUAAUGCGUGAAUUGCAAUUAAAAAGGCAAUUGUUUGAAUUAAUAAUCAAAUGUUUAAACAUUCUCGAAAAUAGAUUUAAUAUGGAAAUUCAUUCGUUCACUCGUUGAUUUUAAAAUGACUGUACUAUAGUUAUAAAUUAAUAGUUAAUUUUAAACUUUUUCAACUUAACUAUAGUAGAGAGUUUACUUUAACUUAUAAAUGGUUUAUUUCACUCAUUCAUUAACGCAUUUCGAAUAUAAAUUGGUAUAAAAAUGUAUCAUUUGUUCAUUCAUUGGAUCGUCCAUUCAAACAUACAGUACGUUAACGAAUUCCAUUCCUUAAAACUAGUGUUAGUAGGCAUUAAUACGGUCUCAGAUAUAUAUAUAUUUAUUAUAAAGAUUGUUUCUAGAAAAAAAUAUAAUUUUUUUUGAGACACUAUUAAAUAAAUAAAUAUUAUUAUAAAAGGACUGAAAAAUCAAGCAGAAAAAAACCCAUGACACUUCGACCUUCCCAUGAUCUCUCGUGCUCUCUCUUAAAGUUCGCCGCUAAUUCCUAUCAGAGAUAGGAACUUUAAGAUGUUCUCUUGUAGCUAUGUUUUUUUUAUCUCCUCAAGGUACAGAGUGCGUUUUCCAAACGAGAUAUAUCGUUUAUGUACGACUGGGCUACAGUUAGAAACUGAGCGUUGUGGCGUUUUAACUAAAACCAGUUUUAAAGAAUGGAUUUCAUUAAAUCACAGCAUGUAACUCAAUCGUUCGUUCAUUUUCAACGUUUAAGUAAAAUAUACCACAAGACAAGUCGUAUGCACUGAAAUUGUAAAUAGAAUAAAAAAAAAAACAACAUAUGCCAUACUAUUAUAAGUGUUAAGUACAAAAUAUAGAUUAAAAAUAAUACAUCCCACCUUCUCUUGUAUGCCAUUUUAGUUUUUAAAUAUGUUUUUUUUUCAAUAAUUAGUUUUAAUUUAGUGGUACGGUCGUACGGUGUGAGUUUUAACUGAAUUUACUGCGUACCGUGAGUCGAGAUCGUGUCAAAUGGGUCGACGAUGCCCGAGUAACACCAUAACCCCAUAACGUUAUGUGGAUCUUAAAAGUACAACUUGAAAAUAUGGCUUUAGACCAUUUUAUUUCAACAGUCACGCUAUGAGCACAGGCCUCGUCUAUUGCGUUUCCUAUUGGAGUGUUUUGGUAAUAGUUGCCACGAUUGGCAAGUGUUUAGCAACGGCAGUUAGGCUUUAGUGAUGUUUUAAGAGACUCUGCUGUCGAAUCCUCGAUCAGUGUGUUCUCUUACGACACCCACGCGAAAGUUAGCGGUGGCCCAUUCUAUGCCGGAACCACGAAGCUACGAGUAUAAAUACUUACAGAAGUUCUUUAUUGUUUCCUCCAAAAGAUUACAUACUCAAACUGUUUAUAAUUACUCCUCUCCAAAGGUUGCCUGCAAGAGAUCGCUCUUAGCGAUAAUGUCGCCCAUUGUUCUCUCACUGUGAUCAUUUCUUGUAAUUGUUUGUAUCUAUAAUAAGUUUACUAUUGUAAUCUUAUGGAGGAAACAAUAAAGAGUAUCUAUCUAUCUAUCUAUAUACACACGUCGACUGUACCCAUGAUUGUUCGUUUAUUUUCCAUAAUUAUGUCAUUUAGUGUACACUCCUUCAGUAAGGAGGUACUACUGUAGUGUGGCUACGAUGCAAUUGUCUGUCAAGUUUUAAUAGCAAUUGUACAUAGUUAAAUUUAAACUUUUUCGUUAUUUAUUACAAAUACAGUAUCAGGACUUAACAUGAUGACGUAUUGCAGGUAAAUAGUGCAUGUCCAGGAAUUACAUAGAAGGAAUGAUAAAAUGAAAACUGUAAAUCAUACGGUCGCCUCCUUUCUUCUAAUGUAAAUAUAAUUAGUAAAAAGAGGACGAAAGAUACACUAUCAGUUGUUGUUUUUGUCAAUUCAUAGCAGGCUAGUGUAUAGAAAAUGUUACACGGCCGUAUAACCCUACCAUAUUCAGAUGCAACCCGCUCGCGUACUGUCUACAUAAACUGUCCAAUAUAUAAUCUAGUAAUGUAACAUUUGUCAUUGACAAAUAAUUGACAUAUCAAACGUUUUCAAUACACACUAGCCUGCUAUGAAUUGAGAAAAAUGACAGCUGAUGGUGUAUCUUUCGUCCUCUUUUUACUAAUUAUAUUUGCAUAGUAAGAAAGGAGGCAAACAUAUGAUUUACCGUUUGUAUCAUUCCUUCUAUGUAAUUCCAUGUUCUUAGAUGCUAACUGCCACGUUGCCACAUUACGGUAGGGUGUGAACACUCAAGUGUCCGACAGACUGGCAACGACAUAUUGCUCGCCAGUCGCCCGUUUGUAGGACAUUGCCCUCUUCAUUUGCUUAUUCGGUAUUGCUCAUUACUUCAUUGUGACGUCAUAAGACAGUAUAUAUCGUCUGUCCAAUAAAAUUAUGUAGCAUUGAUAAUAGGCUCGAUUCUGAGGCGCUAUUUCUCCUAUCUCUUAAUCUAAUACGUUGAUUGUAUUGUAUUAAUCGUUAUCCGUCCACUGCUGGACAUAGCUACCCCAUAAAGAGGAGUUUUGCCAGUAGUGGCCACGCUUGGCGAGCGGAUUGGCAAUCACAGUUAGGCUUUGGAGAUGUUUUAAGAGGGUCGCUGCUGCCCAUCCCUCGCGCUCCCUUAGUCGCCUCUUACGACACUUCCAGGAAAGGAAUGGGUGAGCUAUUAGCUAUGCCGGGGCUUACAAGGCUUCAAGUUGAUAAUUUCACGAAAUUACUGCUUUAUGGACCAUUGUAAAGUGAAUUUAUAACAGUUUUUAUUUAAAUCUAUUUGAAAUUUAGUUCAUAUUGGUCUUUAGACUUGAUUUCUCGCUGUCAUUAACCGUUACAUACCACUGCUGGAAAUAGGUCUAUAAGGAGUAUUUUGCCAGUAGUUGCCACGCUUGGCAAGCGGGUUGGCGACCGCAAAUAUAACGCUGUAAUAAAUUUAACUGUCAGAGAUAAGUUUAAAGAAAUAUCGCCACAGAAUCGAACCUAAUACCUUAUAACAAAACAUAUAGAAAAUGACACCCAAGUUAGUACUGUAGUCUAUUAUAUCUAAUGGUAAUGUAAGGGGGGGGGGGGAUUGUUAGUGAUGGAGACUGAGAAUCCCAUUGCUAGCAAUAUACUCAACCAGGUCGACCUUCUCGCGGUUCUCCCUGGAAACUAUCAUGGUUAAUUCCUGAUGAAUUCAUCAUGAUGCGCUAAUUGGCAUGUUUUCAUUCUCAUCUAUCACCCUUCACUGGUGCUCCGCCAGCGUAUCCCGUUAGCGCAGGCGGGGUUACCAUACCAUUUUCACCCUCAAAAAAAAAAUGGUAAUGUAAAUCAACGAAUACUCGACCCGUCCAUGAGCCAGUCAGCUGAUGUCUCUUUUUAAUGGGUGAUGAAGGAAUGGUAACCCCGCCUGCGCUAUCGGUAUACACCGACGGGGCACCAGCGAGGGAUGAUAGAUGAUAAUGAAAAAGCAGGUCUGUUAGCUCAUCGUGAAGAAUAGGCCUGGAAUUCAGCACGAUGUUUUCCAGGGGGAACCACGUGGAGGUGGACCUGAUAGGGCAUUUUGCUAGCAAUGGGGCUGUCAAACACCAUUGCUAACAAUCCCUUUCGCCCCAGCCCGUCGAUGUUUGAGCGUAGUACAAACCAAACGUCGACCAAUCGAUUGGAUGUUACCAUUCGACUCUGAUUACAUACAGAGACAUGCUCCUGGGAUGACCACAACAACUUGGCCACGAUUUCAGGCAUUGGUCAUAUGGUUACCGAUCCGAUGUCUAUAUAUUGGGUUUCUCUGCACAUUGAUGAUGGAAAAACGGUCAUCACCCAUUCCGAUAUCGCCCAUAUCGGUCGGAUAUCUAUUUUCGAAUAUGUUGAAAGUCUGUUUUCCAAUAUUAAGUUUUUGGAUAGCACACUUUUAACAUAUUCGUCACUAGACCAGUACAUAGAUAUUGCCCACCUAUACUGUUUUUUUUUUGUCACAGAAAACCAUAGACUAAAGCAAUCGUGGAUUAUUCAAAGUCUGAAACCCAUAAACAAUGGUCUAAAUAUUAUGGUACUAACUCGGAAACGUCAUAUUUUCUACAUAUCCCAUAUAUUUAUUUAAAAAAAAAUUAAUAAACGUGUUUUGACUAUUAAAACCUUAUAUAUAUAAAUGUAAUUUAUCAUGUCUGCCCGUACCAGUAAAUGUUAAUACCGCAAUAGGCGAAAACAAGCUUUAAAAUUUAACCGUGUGCCGUUAACUCCAAAUAUUUGUAAAUAAUAAAAAACUAUACAUUGGACAGGAUUAUUUUCUGUAACGGAAUAGUAACGUACGAAGGGUACCAUGGGCGACACAGUAUACUCUGUUGCGUUCACUGUACUGGCCAUGUCUACGACGGUUACGACGAUCCGUCAGGCUGGACAUCAGUAUUUGCCAUCUUAACUGAGUAAAUCGUGGGGAAAAUCUAACUGAAAUAUACUUUUUUUUUAUGCAACCUAAAAUGGCAAACAAGCUGACGGCCCACCUGAUGGGAAGUCGUAACCGUCGCCUAUAGACACGAGCAGUACCGUGGACAUAACAGAGUAUACUGUUUCGUCCAUGAUACUCCCCCAUGCGUUGCCAUUCCUGAGGACUCAGGUGUUAUUCCUCUGUACCCUGUAAAUAAUUCUGGCCAAUAUAUAGGUCGUCUUGUAUUUUAAGUUAUAUAUAAACAUAUAAGACAUGUAAUCUCUGAAUUGAAUUAUUAAAUAACAUUUUAUAUAAUAUAAAUGGAUUUUUACCAAUUUUAUUUUAUUAUUGUGUCUCAAUGUAACAACUACCGGUUUAACUUAACAUAUAAUCAGAUCGAAAAAGUUGGACUAGUUUCGGGACCCAUUCGUGACCCUUAAUCAUGAGCGGCUGUUAUGCGAGCGCGUAUACGACUUGUGGGUGGCGACUACUCCUUUCUUCAUCCCCCAAAGUUAGUCGACCGCGUUUAAAUUCAUUAUACCAACGAUACACGGUUGCCUUAGAAGGGCCUUCAUCCAUGAAUACCAUUUGAAGUCUAUUAUACAAUUCGUCGGGUUUCAGGCGACAUUUCAAAUCGUAAAAAAUAAUAGCGCGAAAACGUUCUCGACGCAAAACCAUUUUUCAAUAUGACCCGGUAAUUUUAAUUAGCUCGCAAAAAAUGUGGCGGGAAAUUUUGAAUUCGGAACGUACCUAUUUUCACUUAUAAGUAAUCAUAUUUUUAAAUAAAUUAUAACCGGCCAGUCUCACGUACAUAAAAACUUUUUCUCGCAAUACUUUCUGAGUGACUUGGUAUUUUUUUUUUUUUUUACAAUUAGUAAUCGUUAUCGAACAGCAAACAUGUUGUAGGGAAUCACAACGCACUACUCUCAGAUAAUAGGUCCUGAUUUAUCAUACGAUAGUUCAGGACAUGCCAUCAAGUGUUCCAUCACGGAUUGAACGAAAUCUGAUAAAAAUCCAUUUAUAAUUUUAAUGA